UUGGGGCGGGGAGAGACACACAUGAGGAGGAGAUCGAGUCGCGCGCGCGACAAGGAAGUCGGAAGUCGAGCCCGGGAGUCAGUCAAUUGUGGGGCAUUAACGCGUUUAGGUCAAUCAUCGUGCCGCUGAUAAAUUAAUCGUACGUGCGCGUUUGUAUUUGUGAAAAAAAUAAAAAAUCCCGCCGAGUACUCUCGGUGCGCGCCAGCAGAAAGUGAUCUUCAAAAAACUUUUACGAAGUUUGUACGCGGUCUGUGGAGAUCGGGAUCAUUGAAGAGGAAGAAGAGUAUAUACGUGUCGCAUGCGAGACUCACCAUUAAGCAGCAGACCUAUGGGGGUUGCGACGGACACCAUACGGUUCUCCAAGCAGCCACGCGACCACGAAGCCGUGGGAGGGUCGUUUCGCUCCGCUGAGUCGUGAAAACACCCCGUUGGAAGUAAAAUAGCGUUGCACCCUGGUGGCGCAUCACCUCGAGGUCGUCCUGGGAUAUUUGUCGGGGAGCUUCCUCGUUCUACACGUCCUGCAAAUAUAAUAAAAUAAAGUGAAGAAAUUUAUACAAGAGAAGAGAUAUUGAAAAAACAUUUUUUCUACAAAAAAAAACUGUGCUUCUUCUCGUUUCGGUUGAUUUUGGUGCGGGUGUUUUUGUGAUUCGUCGAAUGAAGACAAAGUGGUAAAAACAUGAGUGCGUUCAAGAGAUACCAGAGUAAGGUGUUCUGGGAGCAAAUGGCUUCGCGCGACCUGGAGAACGAGGUUUGUUUUACAGAGAGAAACGAGCCUUCGCGAAAGGGAAAUGAAGAAGAAAAGGAAGAAGAUUCUGCUAGCAGAUCGGAGAACGACACGAUCGAUGGUGCGAAUAUCACCGCGAUACAUGUCUGUAAUCAGAGCGACGAGAGUCCAAAACAGGACGCGUGUCAAAUUUCGUUGACAUGCGAUGAAAGUAUGGUACAUCGUAGAACGACGGAAAUGGACGUGCAAGAGGAACGCAAAAUCGUCAGCGGAAAUCGAUCCUAUAGUCCUUCAAGCCAAGAUCUCAGAAGCCAAGACUCUGGGUUCUCCGAUUCCGAAAGAUCAGACUGCUCGGAGGCAUAUGAAAACGUGACUCCGCGACGAAAACUAAGAAGAAGAAGACGAAGAACGAGGCAACAUAGAAUGCAAUCGACGGGAAUUGCAUGGUUGGAGGAGGGAUCUCCCUCGAUGCCGAAGCACACGUCCACGCCGAAGCAUUCCAGGACAUUUGCGAAGGAUCGUUUCGAGCAAUCCGCGAGGAGAGAGAGAAUCAACGAGGAGCGGAGCGAUGAGUCGAAGGUGUCCGUUUCGCUGGAGAAUAGCGAAUGUCUGGGCGAUUUUCUGUACGCGUCCGAACCGCCGGAGGACAGCGUUCAGCUGUCAUCUUCAUCAGCGAGAUCGCGAACCCUUAGUACAGAUCCCACGACGGAUGCGAUCACUGCCGGCAGGGAGGUGCUGAAUUCCAGUAAUUAUCGUCAAUCGUCGUCCUUGAGAGCGUGGCUGACCGAUCUUCGAAUAGAAACCGUGGAUGAGUGCAGUAGUACCUUGCAGAGCAAGACACUACCGCGAAUCCGGAUGGCCGGAUUUUCCGGUGGGGUCCACGCGCGAGACCUGAAGAUGAUGUCUUCUGCGGCUACCGCCGCCGCGAGCAAACUCCUAGUCAGCGCGGACCGUUUCGAGCAACAUUACCGGAGCAUCGUCGAGAAGAUAACACGGCUGGAAGGUGGCAGGUCCGAAAUGGAGCUGCUUCGAAGCAUUGAAGAAGCCGCUUUCAUGAUCCUCUCCCAAUUAGGAGCACCUCCUCCUCGCAGGAUUCAACAGGGUAGUCUGAGAAGCAUAAUCGCGCAGUUGCAAAGUAUGAAGAACUACGUCGAUGACACGAUCGACACGCGUUUAGACUUUUACAUCGAGAAAAUUGUCCGCGGUCUCGAGGAGGCUCCGCGACAGGACGAUAGCGUAGCUAGAGGAGCUCUGGCAGCCCUCACGGCUUUAGGAUUAUCGGAUUCUCGCGCAGGAAGCAGCAUAGCCCGAUGUUCCGGUAUAAAGGCUCUCUUAACGUGUCUUAUCAGCACUGGUCGAGCGUCUUCAAACGAUUUCGUCGCUCUUACCUUACGCGCUCUGGCCAGCGUAUGCUCUUCCACGACGGCGAUCGAGUACUUUGCACGAGAUGGCGGUCCCGAGAUUCUGACGGAUCUUCUAGAAGUAGAAUCUAUUUCCGAAAAGGAGAAGAUUGAAGCUACCGCCUUAGUGGUGCAGAUCACAGCACCGUGGACCGACGCGUGGGGUCUGCCGUGUCUCGAACCCUUCGCGAAUUCCUUAAUUCCAUCGCUGAACCGGCUAAUCGAGAGCAGUGAUUGCGCUCAAACAUUAUUAUUGGCCGCCGCAGCGCUAAAUCAUUUAUCCAAGUCGAGGCUAUGUGUUGGGAUCAUACUGGAACAGGACAGUGUGAGGAAACUCUUGCGAAGCGUGAAGAAAUCCGUCGGUGAUAACGUCUGGUUGAUGGAACAGGUUGCCGCUCUGAUUGGCGAGUUGGCGCGCGUUCCCGAAGGUCGGUCGUAUCUGGCCGGGGCGCGAGCCUCCGUGGCUCUGGUUUCCUUCCUCCGUAUGAGGCCACCAGGUCUGGAGGACGCAUACCGAAGAUUGGAGCUUACCGCGGCGGCCGCGCUGACCAGACUCUGCGUGGAACCGGAGAUUGCGAGACAAGUGGUAGCGAUCGGUGGCGGAGAUUGUCUGACAGGACCAUGUAGAGUCAAUAAUAUUCAGACAGAGGAGGAGGAGAUGCAGGUGGAAGCAGGUUUCUUAAAGUACACCAGGUCGCUGAGACGGGCGUGUAAAAAGGCCGCGAAGCAAAUCGGAAUCGCGAAGGCAAAGGAUCACAGCACACUGGACUGAGGAGAGGACUCUGGAAAAAAAGGAAAAUCUAUUAUUGCAGAGAGAGUUGUACAAUUUCAAAUAACUGUGAGAUAUAGCAUAGUAUGAAAAAUAAGUCUGUACAUAUAUGUCUAACAUAUUUUAUAAUAGCGAUCUAACAAUAAGUAAGCUGUAUAUUUUAAAA